UAAAAUGAAGCUUUCUCAUCCUUCAACUAAUAUGAUCACCUCCUUCAUCUUCGUCUUUCUUACUCUACCAUCCUUUAUCACAUCCCAAAUCUGCCAAAGAUCCUGCGACAAAGUCCCUCUCAGAUUCCCGUUCGGCAGUGAUGCCGGCUGCGGCGACCCGCGCUUCCAUCAAUCCGUAACAUGCAACCAAGACAAGCUAACCUUCACCACCCACACCGGCUCCUACCCCAUCACCAACAUAGACUACACAAAACAAGUCAUCUACAUCUCCGACCCUUCCAUGUCCACCUGCUCCUGCACUCAACCCAGCAAAGGCUUCGGCCUCAACUACGACGCGCCGUUCACCUUCCAAGACGAUAACAUCUUCGCUUUGCUCGACUGCUCCACCUCCUCAUCAUCCAACGGCAGCCUUUACAGCAGUGACAACUCCAAGCUCUCCCUUUGUGACAACCAAGGUGCUCCAAUCUGCAGCUUCUUGUAUUCAUGCAGGGCCAUAAGCUUCAUUAACCUUCCCAUCGCAACGUGUUGCGUUUACACGCCGAUUGAUCUCGGGCCGGCUUUUGAGAUGGACUUGCAGAAGCUACAAUGCAGCUCUUAUUCUGGUUUCUACAGCUUCAAUGGCCGUGAAUCCGACCCUAAUAGUUGGAAGUAUGGGAUAGCGCUCAAAUACAAGUUCAACGUGAACAAUGAGUAUCCGAGUUCAUGUUCUAGUUGUGAGAGAAGCAAUGGGGUUUGUGGGUACUAUGGAGCUUAUAACUCGUUCAUCUGUAAUUGUCCCAAUGGUUUGAACACUACAAACGAUUGCUACUUUGGAUCGUCCUAUAGUUAUGGCUCGAGGCUUAUACCAUCGUGGCACUCUGGGAUUUGGCUAAUCUAUUGUUUUGUGUGGCUUGUAAUUUCAGUAUUCUAGUGAUGUACUAUCAUCGAUGGAAAUGCAAUUCUGAGGUUCGACCUCUUUUUCCUUGUUGUUCUCAUGUAAUAAGGAUAUUAGAUCAUUUUGAUGUACACACCGUGUGUAGGGUGUAUGUUUCUAAGUUAAUUAAAUCCUUAAGAUGAUUUAUAAUCAUCUCCGAAAAAUCUCUUACUAGACAAUUAGGUACGGUGGGUUCACGAACAGUGAUGGUCUGAAAUGAAAUGCUCUACGCCCAGCUACCAUCAACUCGCAUAUGCGAUUGAACCUAAAUAACCCAGCAGUGAUCGAGUUGGUCCACCCACAAAGCAGGAAGGAAUGACGUAAAAAUAAAAGAGAAGAUUAUGGGAAUAUGGUUCCUUCUUUAUAAUCCACAUAGGAAGAAUCCCUUUCUGUU